AUGUCCGGGUUCGAGGUUGUCGGAGUGCUUCUUGGAACAAUUCCACUCGUUAUUUCCGCCGUAAAGCACUAUGAGCGCGUCGCCCGCACUAUCCAAAUACUGCGGCGGCGAGCUAAGGUAAUGCACGCGUUGGCCCGGUCCCUAAGGACCGAACAGAGGAUUCUCGAAAACACCUGCGAAACACUUUUAGGGGGGGUCGUGCCUGCGGAUUGCGUUAAACCGCUGCUGGCAGAACCUUUUGGCCCUCUUUGGCGAGACGACAAAAUCAGCCUAGAGGUCGAACGACGACUCGACUAUACCACAGAAGACUUCAAGGAUCUCGUGGAAAACAUCAAGGAGGCCCUGCAGGAACUGAGGGUAAAACUGGAUCUAGGUUCAGACAUGGAGGUCAAGGAGGGGAGCGUCGUUGGAAAGCGUGCUCUGCUUAAAAUUGCCGCGAUUGCGGUAAACGUCUCCCAGCACGAAGACGCGGUCAAUAAGAUAGCAGAUGCGAAUAGAAAAUUGGAGAUGCUCCUGGCAGGCAACCUCCGUAACGAAACCCUCCAGAGACGAACUUUUGAAGGCAAGCUAUCCGGUCUCUUGAAAAUUGUGACAUGGAGUAUAUACAACGCUCUGCGACCGAGUCUACCUUGUAGCUGUGCGCAAUCACACAACGUUCACCUAGGGCUCCCUGUCCUACCGCUCAUAUGUAUAGACCAAGAUGUGGAAAAGACUGUCAGGAAACUGGACUUUCAUGUUACCUUUGCGAACGAGCCGCAGCGUUUUAGGGACCAGAGUCACACUACUUGGGCCUGGGAGGAGGCCGGUAACCAGCGGGAAGGAAAGCUGAUUCGGCCCGAGGAUAAUUUAGCAGAAUUUCCUCAGCUUUCCAAUCUUUGCGAAUCCUUCAGCAUGAAACCGCAGAGUGCAAUUUACGGUUACAUUGCAGACGCAUCUGCCAACCCGCCAUCCAAAUUCGGGGUCUACUACCCAACAUCCUCGGAUAACAGCGACACUUGCCUGACUGUGUCACUUAGCAGUCUACUUGACCAAAGCCCUGGACCCCCGCCUCUAUCUUGGAGGCACCGUAUAGCAGCCGUUGUUGCGGCUAGCCUGCCCCAUUUACACGGCACGCCUUGGAUACCCCCCAAGCUCGCCUCUAAAGAUGUGUACUUUAUCCGACGACAUGGGAAAGCGGACUACGAACAGGUUUUUGUGACCACAAAACCGGAGAACAGCUCAGCUGUUUACGAUGACGGCUGGGACGAUUCGGCCAGCUACGAUAGUAACCCGUCCCUGCACGCUUUGGGCGUGUUACUGAUGGAGGUCAUGCUGUGGAAGUCAAUCUACGACUUCUGGGAUGAUGUCAAGUCCAAAUACUCCCACACCCCGGCCCUUGUGUUUCUCAACAUACGGUCAGACAACGGCUUCAGUUGCACCUCAAGUGUCCUGGAGCGUAUUGGAUUCUCCGGCGGCCAGACUUACAGAGACGCCGUUGAGCACUGCAUUAAAUGCGACUUAAGGUGCGACUUUGAGUCCCUUGACAAUGAGGAGUUCCGUGAUGCAGUCUACCACUAUGUGGUCGCGCCGCUGCAGGACACCGCCCGGAUCGCAACGGUUCCGAUGAUCUCGGGCAAAGUCAGGUUCGCUUGCACGGCUUGA